CGAUCAGCACUCUCGGAUUAAAACAAAGGAGUUACUGACUGUGACGACUUUUAAUACACUAAAAUAGACAGUAUUUCCGAUAUCAAGAGACUGGUUGAGCAUAAUUUUACUACAAAACAAGGAUUUGUCUACCAUCGUACCAAAAGAAGGGGAAAUGGCAGAAACUUCGAGAGACAUAAAAUUAAGAAACAAGGUCAUUGUAACCUUACAAACCAUUCUGGUUGAAACCGGGCAAAACACCAUUGAUCAACUAUAUAGUAGGUUUCGCAAUCAUAACGGUAUUGUAGGACAUGAAGAUGUGCUUGAGCUAUUUGGAUACAAUCCAAAAGAACUUCAACAAAGCAUUGCACUGCUCCCACAAUAUUUCACCAUCAAAGGUAAACAAAUAACAUUAGGAAAGCUGGUUAAAAGGGAUGGCAACAUUGAUGCAGAUGCACAAACUUUUCUACAGAAGAAACAGGCCUUACAAAAGCAAAAAGAAAGUGAAAAGGAUUAUAAAGCACAGAUUAUAAGUGAGAUGAAAGCGAUUAUUCUUUUAGCUCCAAAAAAGUCCUUAAAACUAACAGAACUUUACGACCGAUAUAUGAAAAUAAAAGACAAAAAAAAAUGUGUACUGGGUACAAACUAUGAGACUUUUCGCAUAUCCAUAAAGAACCAUAAAGAAUUCAAAAUUAGCAGUAGGAACAACAUCUCAGUAGUCGGUGCCGAUAAUCCUAGCACUGUCACAUCAAAAACUAAGAAAAUUGUUACAGACGAUAAGAAGAAACUGGUUGUUAUGCAGGAACAACACAAUUUGCAAGCUGAAGGUAAACAACUGCCUCUUGGUAAACAUCAGAUGACACUUCCUGAGGGUGGCCAGCUAGUUCCAAAGGAUGUAAACAUUGAUUCAGAUAUAGAAACAUUUGUGAAGAAGAGACAGGACUUAAAACAACAAGAAGAAAGUGAAAAUGGUUAUAAAGCACAGAUUUUAAGUGAGUUAAAAGCAAUUAUUCUUUUAAGUCCAAAAAAGUCCCUAAAACUAACAGAACUUUACGACCGUUACAUGCAAAUAAGAGACAAAAAGAAAUUUGGACUGGGUACAUGUUAUGAAACAUUUCGCAUUUCCAUGAAGAAUCUUCAAAUAUUCAAAAUUAGCAACGCGAACAAUGUCUCAGUGGUCGGUGCUGAUAAUCCCAAUGCUGUAGUUACACCAACAACCAAGAAAGUGGUUGCAAGGGAUAAAGAAAAACUAGUUGUGAUGCAGGACCAACAAAAUUUGCAAGCUCAGGAUGAACUAAUGGCUGUCAGUAAACAUCAGAUGGUACUUUCUGAGAGUGACCAGCUGUUUGCAAACAAACAUGAUACAGAUAUUCAAAUGUAUCUGCAGAAGGGACAAGCCAAACCAAGCACAGAUGUCAUACCAGGUACUAAGAAAAAUCAAGUUGAAGACCUUAGAAAAGAACAACCAGUUGUGAUGGAAGCACAACAGCAUCUGCUGGCUGAUGAGCAGAUGACUCUCAGUGUCAUGCCUCCACCUGAUUGUGUCCAAGUAGUUGACAGUUCCACAUCUAAUGUAGUUGCAACUUUUCUAAUGAUGAACAAACGCACAUAUGAACAGCCAAUUAUUGCUUUGCAUGUAGAGGGCUUCAGCAAAAAGAAAAAGUUUGUGAUCACUGUGCUGUCUAUUGCAUCAUGGGAUGGAGAAGUGUGCAUCAUUGAGUUCUCCCCAAAAGGAAGCAAUAACCAUCUGCAUGUUAAUGAGAAUGAGAGUUUGAAGAGACUACUUGAAGAUAAAGACAUUCUUAAGGUUUGUCAUGAUAGCCAGACACUAUCUCAAGGACUACUGGAGCAGUUUCAAAUACAACUUAAGUAUGUCUUUGACACUAAGAUUUGUUACCAGAUCGUGAACGAGAAACAAGUCAACCACCCUCAAUCAAUAAAUUUUAAUGAGCUUUGCCAAUAUAUGAAUGUGACACUUGUUGAAAAGCCAAAUGUUAAGAAACUUUGGCAAGGCCAUCCUUUAACUGCAGAGGUCAUUCUUUACUUAACGUACAGUGUUACUGCAUUGGUACCAUCCAUUUAUCGCACAAUGCUUCAACAUCUUGGAUCAGAAAAUAUACGUCGUUUUAGCCAAGCUUGCCUUGAUGCUCUCAAAAACAAGCCCAUAAAUGAUGGUAGCGAUCUGUAUGAAACACAACAACCUACCAUUGUUCCAAUAUCUGGUGUACCCACUGAGGCCCUGACUAAUGGAUAUGCAAAUGAGCUAUAUGCAAAUACAAAUUCAGGUGCUUCUGUAGUUGCCCCAGAGGAUGUUGUGAAUGUAGCUGAUAGGCUUUCAAAAAUUCAACUCGAGCCAUCUCAAUUCAAGCAAUACCCUAGCCGACAAAUGUCACAACCGAUUCCACUUAGCAAACGUACCAAAGUCUCUCCAAUGCCACAGUCAGUGACAAAUACCAGAUUGCUUCAGUUUGAUGAAAACAUCAAUGCAUAUUUCAUACCUUUACAUAGUGCGACAUAUCAGUCUGUUAAUCCAACAAGCAUUACUCAGGAAAUGAUUGACAGUGUUGAUGAGUCAAACAAAAGAGAUAUGCAACGAUUCUUAGAAGUUUUUCCAGAGGAAAUCCAGGAGGCUCUACAGAGUUUUCAUCAGCAGGACCUGUAUCCACUAGAAUUUCUUGUUGAAGUUGUCUUGGAUAUUGGACGAAAGCCACAUGCAAGAUAUUACCAGCCUGGCACAGGAAAAUGUAUAUUCAAAGAUUUAAUGGACACUGCUCUCAGUUCUCAGCAAGUUGAAGAAAUAUUUUCUGGCAAUAAUUUUACUGAGUUCACAUCAGAUCGGCGUGCAGGUAUAGAGGGCACACUUCAUCGUGUCAGCAACAUCUGUAAUAGACAGCUGAAACCAAUCGGACUGACUGCACGAGUUGGCCGUGCCAUCUAUGGCUGCUUGGAUAUGAUCUUUGAUAUUGUGGCUAGUGGUAAAUCUGUACUCAUUCUCGGGGUCCCAGGUGUCGGUAAGACAACUGUCUUGAGGGAAUUUGCUCGGGUCCUCAGUGACGUCCUCGAGCAAAGAGUGAUGAUUGUGGACACAUCAAAUGAAAUUGGGGGAGAUGGAGACACCCUUCAUGAAUCAUUAGGAAGUGCAAGACGACUUCAGGUACAUCCUAGAAGUGAACAAUACAAAUUUAUGAUAGAAGCUGUACAGAAUCAUAAUCCAGAAGUGAUUAUCAUCGAUGAAAUUGGCACAAUCCAAGAAGCGCAAGCAGCGCAAAGUAUUGCCGAACGUGGUGUACAACUAAUUGCAACUGCACAUGGUCAAACCUGUGAGGAUAUUCACCGCAAUCCAUCCUUGCGUCCGAUCGCUGGCAGUGCUCAUAGUGUAAUUCUAAGCAAAGAGGAGGUUAUCUCACGUAAGUCGACCACUAAAACGAUGCUUGAGCGCCAGCGUGACCCUUCAUUUGAUGUACUUAUUGAACUACGAGAGCGAGAUCGCUGGCUUAUCCAUCACAAUCUCUCUGAUUCUAUCGAUGCCCAUCUGCGAGGUGGUAGUCCACAGGUUGAAGUGAGAGAACGCAUUCAAAUGACUGCUGAGGAUGGCUCCAUUUUCCAACAGGUCCGAGUAUCUCUUUGCACAUUGAAUGCAGCCAUGGCGUGAUUUUUCAAGAUGCAGUAGUGGUGUCAGCAUUUCACGGACAGUCCACCAUUCCUCAACAGCUGAUGGGCCAGUCCAGUAUCUGCCCACCAUGGCUAAGGCUGAGGAGAAAAAAAGUGUUUGCCACGUCUAGAUGCCUGAAAGUGGCUCACUGUCUGUGGCUUUAAUGAAUGAUUCUAAUUAAUAUUUUCUCCACCAGAUCUAUCGGGUGACACCCCUGCAUAAACCUCCAUGUUAAAUUAAAGACCACCAGUAAUUAAAUUGAAAUUUCAUUAUAUAAUAAAAGAGAGCUACAAUAAACAAAAUAUAUUUUAAAAUAUUAUAUUUAAACAUAGUAUAUAAAUAAUAACAUAAUUAUAAUAGUUAUAUAACUUAAGCCAUAAUGACAGUACUGGUAAUGGAUAAGCUGAAAAAUUAAUAUUA